UCUGGGUCCCAGAAAGGACGGCCCGGCCGGAGCAUGGCGGUAUCGCGCUGUCUUUAAAGGCUUCUCUGAAUGGCGGCUGGUGAAGCUGGAUGUUUGUUUUCAAGGAUGUGUGUUCAGUAAAAAGGAAAUAUGACUGAAUGGCAGAGGAAAACUCCUUUGGAAUGGCUAGCUUUUGUGGAUAAAGAAGUCAAAGUACUGGCUGCUGAGAAACACCAAUAUAAAGGAUGGGUUUUAACAGUUGACCCAGUUUCUGCCAACAUUCUUCUGGCAAAUCCCCUCGAGAAUGGAAAAGUAUCUGUUUUAGUUGUUUUAGGACAUGCUGUGCAAAAUAUUGAAAUAGUGACCGAAAGAGAUGAUGAAAUCAAAGAAAAACUUGCAUAUCUCUUCAUGGCUGGAAAAAGUCAAACUUAUAAUCAAGAAGAGCUGGACAGAAAGAAAAACUCCUUGAAGAAUUGGCUGGAGAAAAACCACAUCCCUGUAAUAGAACAAGGAGAAUCACAACCAACGCUGUGUGUGGCAGGUGUAUUAACCAUUGAUCCACCAUAUGGACCAGAAGAUUGCAAUAGCUCUAAUGAAAUAAUUUUGUGUAGAGUUCAAGGAUUGAUUCAAAACUAUCUUGCACUUCAGCAGUGAGGCAUAUAGAUUUCAUUAUACUUAAAACACUUAAUUUUAAUUUUAAUUAAAAUUUAGGAAUACUUAAUAGUUAAUGGUCAGCCAGUGUUUCCAAAUUUUGUUUUGUAUACAAAUAGCAAUUGUAGCGGUUGUGCUGGUUUUUUAUAUAUUUUUAUAUAAAAAUAUUUUGACUUUCCCGCCCCAAGUUCCUGCAAAGUUGAUUUGUAUAUAUAAAAUAAAGUUAAAAAUAAGUCACAUUCUUAUUCUAUUCAGUCUCUUAAGUUGAAACCAAAGUAUUAAUGUUUCUGAAGAACAUGGGACAGUAAUAAAAGUAAUAAAAUAUUUUGGACAGGGUUUUUUCCUAUGAAUAUGCAGCCAAUUUCACAAUUGAAAGUACUGCAUAGUAAGUUCUAGAAGUUUAUUUUCUGCACAUAGCCAAGUCCUUUGAAGAUAUUGAAAAAGGACAUUUUUCUAUGUAAGUCAUUUUCAGAUGCAAUAUGACAAUAUUUUGCUUGACUUUAAUAUUAUCUACUACCACAAAGCCAUUUAUGUGCACAUGUAGGUUCCUUUGAAUGGUCAGACCAUCGAUAGAAAAUUAAAACAUGCUUUGGUUGCAUCUGUGGGGUUUGUAAUUUAACAUAGCUGCAGGGCAUCAUGUUGAAAAAGGCUGAGCAGACAAUUGUGUUUCCAAAUAUGGCAUGUGGGAAUG